UUUUUGUUCUCGUUGACAACACCUCAGAAAAUUGUGUAAACAUUCUUCAUGCUUGUUUUGCUUAGCCAUAGCGACUUUCCUAUGUUCCUUUGUACGUGAAGAAGUUUUCAACACGAAAUAUCAACUUUUUUAAAAAGAUGGAAAGCAACUGAGAUUGAUUUCUUGGCAGCAAGCUAAAUUGUUGACGUAGAAUACUUGAUAUGAAAAUGAAGGUUGAACAGGCCCUAAUUGAAAGACGAUUUUUGUCAAAUUUCCAGUAACGAUGUUUGAACAAAGGCGUUGGGAAAAAAAUGAAAGGAAAGUAGUUCAUUUUAAAGGUGAUGGAAGAGGAAUAUAUUGUGCGACUCACGACACAUUCAAAAAUCAAAAUUUCGAUUUUCUACAAGCUGUAAAAGGAAGAAACUCACUAGAGGAAAACAUUUACUAGAAGGAACGCUGGAACUUAGCGAAUAGCUCUAUCGAAUGGUGGUCUGCGCCGUUGUUGAAAAUUAAUUUUAAGAAAAGGAAUUGAAAUGACGCAAAAUCAACAAUGGAAUCUUUCAGCCACGGAAAACUAUUCCCUAAAUUUUACAACGAUGGGUGUUCGCUGUGUUGAAGUUGGUAUUUUGGUUGUCAUAAUUGUCUUCGGUUUGAUUGGUAACCUGAGCCUGUGCGCAAUGAUUUACAGAACGAGGCAGCUUCAAACCGUCUCGAAUUUUUUAGUCAUAAACCUAAGCAUAUCAGAUCUUUUUCGUAUAAUUUUAUCGCUAACUAUUUCAACAAGCGUUCUGGCCAAACGGUCUUGGAUUGCAGGAGACAUUUUCUGCCAAGUAAAUGGUUUCUAUACAUUAUUAUUUCUGUCCAGUUCGCUCUUAUCCGUUACUCUUAUAACCCUUAACAGGUACUAUUUGGUUGUUAAACCCAACAAGGCAAAAACUGUCUUCAGCAAACGAAACGCCAAAGUGAUGUUAAUUUUCCUAUGGUGCCUUUCUGUGCUGUCAGCCAUUCCACCGGUUUUUGGAAUGGGGAAAUAUGGAUUUGUAGCUGCCCGCGCUACUUGUUUUAUCGAGAUGGGAAGUACGUGGACGUACACGAGUUUGCUGGUAAUUGUGUUGAUAGCCACGCCCUUUUCUCUGAUGAUAUGGUGUUAUGUCAAGGUUUAUGUAGCGCUGUUACGAAGCAAAAAGAGAGUGAUUAACGAGUUGGCGCCGACGACGGAGAACUCAGUGGAAGUUGGCUGUACCAGAGAGAUGAAAGUCGCGCAGACCGUCCUGGUACUAGUGGGCGUGUACAUCAUCACGUGGAUCCCAGUAUUUGUGCUGCAUUUCAUACGCUUAUCACGUGCUGCUCACGUGCCCUAUCACGUUGACCUUUUAACAGCGUAUCUUAUUGGAUUGAGUUGUGUCACGAAUCCGUGGAUUUAUGGAUCGAAACACAAGCAGUUUUACGAACAGCUGAGGACGGUGUUUUGUUUAAAGUGGACAAGAGAUACAGCGCAGGGAACGGAUCGACAUAUAGGUUGGGCAUAAAACCGGACAGAUUGGAUAAGAUCGAACAAAUUUUAUGUAUCCAUAUAUCUCCCCUUGCCUUGUACAAUUACAAUCAAUCAAUAGGCCAUUCAAUCAAUUUGUCAGUCAUAUCAGUCAGUUGAUUAAUCAAUGCUGUUAAAUCAAUAAAUUAAUUGUUAAAUAGACGCAGGGAGUGGUUGCCCAAUCGCAUUCUGCCCUUGAAAAAAGCAAAAUGCGCUCGAACUUAAAAGGGGGAUAAGGGAUAUGCAGCCCACGUCCAACUAGCUAUGCACCAUUGCAUUAUGGGUAACACCAUGCAGGUAUUUUGAAGAACAUAGAAAAAAAGACUAAAUUAGCUACCUACUAGAAAAGCAGUAUCGACCGUUACAAAUAUAGGUGACAUCGCAUAAAGCAGAACUUAAACCCUAGAAACAAAAACAGUUCAAGUUAGUGGGGAUACUUGAGUUAUCUGAGUCAGUUCGAGUUAGCAGAGAUUUUAAGUUCUUUGAGUCCGAGUUAUCAGGGGUUCAUUGUACACUGUAUUGCAGAAAAAAAAACAUGGAGUAAGAUGUUUUUUUAAUAAUUGAAUAUACAAAAAUACUGUAUAGCAUCAUAGUGUCAUAUUGCAAAACGUUAAAAAUAUAUAAAUAUAACUUAAAUUACAAUUGUGAAGCUUUGAAAAUGCUCAUUAAUUCUCAUUGAAAAAUAAAUACAUUUUCUGUCAGAUAA